AUGACCCUAUAUAAUAGCGGUUCUAAUCUGGCUGAGGAGAGCAUCGGGUCAAUAAGACAUGUACUGCAUUCGGUAUUCGGUAUCCAGAAUGCUCUUGCGGAUAAAUAUCUGGGAUUUUCAAGGCAGGGAGAAAAGCCUAGUAUCAAAGCAAGACUGGCUAUAUCUUUCAUGAUUUCUUUCAUGAAUGGCCUGCCUUUCCUCUCUUACGGUCUCUGCUUCUGGCAAAGCGGCAGGUAUAUUAUAUCAGGGCAUAUGGGUCCGGGGGCUGCUGUAACUGCUACAAUGGCCAUUGUUAUUGGAGAUUUCUCAAUAGGAAGGGUUGCACCAAGUCUCCAGUCUUUCAUAGCUAGCACAGCAAGCGCUAGUAUGAUCAUUUGUUCCAUGAAACGCGCAUCCCCUGAGGACCCCUUAUCGACGGAGGGUGGAAGACCUGAGGGAAUAAAGGGUGAAGUCUCCUUUAAUGACGUUAGCCUAAUUUACCCAUCAAGACAAGAUGUUACUGUCCUUAAACGUGUCUGCCUAACGAUGCCGGCAGGAAAAACAACGGCAAUUGUGGGACCAACUGGGUCCGGAAAGAGCAGUAUUGUUGGCCUGGUCGAGCGCUUUUAUAGGCCAACUGGGGGCCAUAUCACGCUUGAUGGACACAAUAUUCAAUAUCUCAACUUACGGUGGCUGCGCAGCCAACUAGCCUACGUAGGCCAAGAGCCAAUCUUAUUUAAUACCACUAUUCAGGAGAAUAUUGGUCAUGGAUUGGCUUACCUUGACGAUGCCACUCGCUCGUCCAGGGAUCUCAAAGCCGCAGUUAUUGAUGCUGCGAAGGAUGCAAACGCACAUGAUUUCAUCAUGGCACUGCCCGAAGGCUACGAAACUGUGGUUGGCGAAAAGGGUCUGCAGUUAUCUGGAGGGCAACGGCAGCGAAUUGCUAUUGCUCGAGCCUUGAUUCGUGAUCCGACCGUACUCAUACUUGACGAAGCUACUUCCGCCCUCGAUAGCCGAGCUGAAAAACUAGUGCAAAAGGCAUUGACAAAGGCCGCCAAGGGCAGAACUACUAUAGUCAUUGCCCAUCGACUAUCGACUAUACGCUCGGCAGACAAUAUCGCUGUCUUGUCUGGGGGUGAGAUUGUGGAGCAGGGGGAUCACGAUAGUCUGAUGGCGAACCAAGGGCUGUAUGCGAACCUUGUCAACGGACAACAACUGACAGAAGAGAAGACAGACGAAGAUGACGAUGCUCUAAUUGAAAAUGCGAGCAUUUCUUCGUGGUUUGUGGACGAGAAAUCCACUGCCAAAGAACUGCCAGAGAUUGUUGUAGAGAAGAUCGAUUCAAAAAAGCUCGACAAACGACUAUCCUUCAGGGACCUUCUUCAUCUGAUGGAUAAGCUAAACCGGCCAGAGCGUAUGCUGAUCCUUUUGGGUCUCAUCAGCUGUGUAUUCGCGGGACUAGGAACUCCAGUACAGGCCAUCUUCUUUGCAAAGCUCAUCGAGGCCGUAUCCGUUCCAGCGUCUCAAUACAAUAAGCUUCGCUCCGAAACCAGCUUCUGGGCCUUGAUGUAUCUGAUGCUUGGUAUCGUUGCUAUCAUAUCGUGGUUUGGCCAAGGUGCUUGCUUUGCCUUCUCUUCAGAACGUCUCAUCCGUAGAGCGAAGGACACAGCUUUCCGCUCCAUUCUGCGCCAAGAAGUCUCCUUCUUUGACGAGAGGUCAACAGGAGACCUAACCACAAUACUGUCCCAGGACACCACUCAUCUAGGUGGGCUGGACGGAGCUGUACUAGGCUCCAUGAUAACUUUCAGGGUGACCAUCGUCGGCGGGCUCGCGCUCUCGGUUGCAAUUGGCUGGAAGCUGGGUCUCGUGUGUGCCGCAUUGAUACCCAUUACGGUUGGAAGUGGCUAUAUCCGAUUGAUAAUUCUUAGUUUGUUUGACCGUAAAGUACGACAGACUCAAGCCAAGUCUGCAGCUUACGCCAAUGAAGCUGUUAGAGCAAUUCGUACUGUCGCAAGUCUGGGCCUUGAGAAUGAGGUGCUACAGCGUUACCGUGCUAUCCUGGAGCGUGAUGCGGCGGCAUCGCUCCGCUCAAUCUUGCAAGCUUCGGUGCUGUUCGCCCUAUCUCAGUCUCUGCUUAUGCCAACGGGAGCUUUGGUUUUCUGGUAUAGCAGUACGCUCCUGGCAACCGGAGAGUAUACGUUAACACAGUGCUUCAUCUGCUUUUCUGCACUUGUCACCGGCGCCCAGACAGCUGGUGCCGUAUUCAACUUUGCCCCUGAUAUGAGCAAAGCUAUGCAAGCAGGACGGCAGCUUCGUAACUUGUUUGAGCGUAUACCCCCAAUUGACAGCUAUAGCACUGAGGGCCGGCUAUUGCCAGCAGGAGCGUGCCACGGUGCCAUCGAAAUCCUAGACGUCAGUUACCGUUACCCGCAACGUCCAGAGCGAGUUGUACUGGAAAAUUUCUCUCUCUCCAUCAAACCAGGCCAAUUCGUUGCACUAGUGGGUCCAAGUGGAUGCGGCAAAUCAACCGUUCUGUCCCUCCUGGAGCGCUUCUUCGACCCGGAAACUGGACAGAUCCAGGUCGAUGGAUCUAGCAUCACGGGGUUAAAUAUCUCUCAGUACCGAAGCUGUAUUGCGAUGGUUGGGCAGGAGCCAGUUGUAUACUCUGGCACUAUCCGCGAAAACCUGGUGUUGGGAGUUGCCGAGGGAGUAACGGACGAAGCUAUCGCCCAGGCUUGUAAGGAUGCAAACAUUCACGAGUUCAUCUCAUCGCUUCCGGAUGGGUUUGCAACUGUGGUCGGUGCCCAGGGCAGUAUGUUAAGCGGAGGCCAAAAACAGCGAGUGGCUAUUGCGCGAGCACUCCUCCGCAACCCCAAAAUACUGCUGUUAGAUGAGGCGACAUCAGCGCUGGAUUCGCAGUCAGAACGGAUAGUGCAGGAGGCCCUAGAUAGAGCAGCCAAGGGCCGUACCACCAUCUCGGUUGCCCACAGGCUGAGUAAGAUCAAGCAAGCCGACCUAAUCUGCGUCAUGGACCAGGGUAAGCUUGUCGAAAAGGGGACACAUGAGCAGCUGAUGGCAAAGAGGAAGAUGUAUUACGAUCUCGUCCAGGCCCAGGAUCUUGACAGAGUUUCUUGA